AUGGCUGGAUUUUUCACAAGGCUGUGGCGGUGCAGGAAUUACAUUAUAAUAGUUGCGACACCUCUUCUACUGCUACCUCUACCUCUCGUCAUCUCCACCUCGGAGGCAAAAUGUGGCUUUGUGAUCAUCCUAAUGGCACUGUACUGGUGUACAGAGUGCAUCCCCCUGGCUGUGACGGCCUUGCUCCCUGUUAUACUUUUCCCCAUGAUGAAUAUCAUGCCGUCAGAUGAGGUGUGUAUCCAGUACCUGAAAGACUCCAACAUGCUGUUCAUCGGUGGGUUGCUGGUGGCCAUCGCUGUGGAACAUUGGAACCUGCACAAGAGAAUUGCCCUCCAGGUCCUGCUGUUUGUCGGUGUAAAACCUUCAUUCCUGAUGAUUGGCUUCAUGGGCACCACAGCCUUCCUGUCCAUGUGGAUUAGUAACACAGCAUCCACGGCCAUGAUGCUGCCCAUUUCUAACGCCGUCCUCCAGCAGCUCAAUGACUCGGAGACCAAUGCCGAAGAACGAGCAAAUGAACUCCAGGCUGGCAUGGAGGGCCUGGAAAAUCAGGGCUUUGAGAUGACGGACACCAACGAAAGCAAGAAGGUCGAACAAAAUGACAGCAGAGUGAACAUGGAUCGAGAGAAUAUGGAUGUGACAGACACUGAGGUUUCAAAGCCUCGCGCUUGGAGUCCGGAGAAGGCGCAGCAACAGAGAAACACGCGGGAGCAGAAGUACAUGAAACUGAACAAAGGCAUGAGCCUGUGUGUGUGUUAUGCUGCCAGCAUUGGAGGGACAGCAACCCUCACGGGAACCACACCCAAUGUCAUCAUGAAGGGCCAGAUUGAUGAACAAUUUCCAAAUAAUGGGGGUGUUAUCAAUUUUGCAAGCUGGUUUGGAUUCGCAUUCCCCAACAUGAUUCUCAUGCUGGCUUUGGCUUGGCUGUGGCUGCAGUUUAUGUUUCUGGGCUUGAAUCUGAAAAAGUCAUUCGGAUGUGGUAAAAAGAGUGCAGGUGACAAGGAGGCCUACCAGGUAAUCAAAGAUGAGUACAAACAGUUGGGCAAGAUGAGCUUCGCUGAGGCCAGUGUGCUGACUAUCUUCAUCCUGCUGGUUCUUCUGUGGUUUACCAGGGAGCCUGGCUUCAUACCAGGCUGGGCCACUGUUCUCUUCAACCAAAAAAAACAAUACGUCACAGAUGGCACUGUGGCCAUUUUACUCUCGGCGCUGUUCUUCUGCAUUCCCUCCAAAUUUCCCAGAUGUGGCAGGUCGUCUGAGAACGGAGGCCCUUCUGAAGCCGUGCCUCCUCUGCUUACUUGGGAUACUGUCCAUGAAAAGAUGCCUUGGAGCAUCAUUUUGCUCCUGGGCGGAGGCUUUGCCUUAGCCCACGGCAGUGAGGUGUCUGGGCUGUCCAAGUGGUUAGGGGAAAGUCUCAUCCCCCUGCAGAGCAUCCCUCCUUUUGCUAUCUCCAUCCUGCUGUGUCUGCUAGUGGCCAUGUUCACGGAAUGUUCCAGCAACACCGCUACCACCACUCUGUUUCUACCAAUCCUCGGCGCAAUGGCCACCGCCAUCAAGCUCCACCCACUCUACGUCAUGUUUCCCUGCACCAUCGCCGCUUCCUUGGCUUUCAUGCUGCCUGUGGCCACGCCCCCCAACGCCAUCGCCUUCUCCUACGGCAACCUGAAAGUCAUAGACAUGGCCAAGUCUGGAUUCAUCCUGAACAUCCUUGGAGUCAUCACCAUCAACAUUGCCAUUAACACGUGGGGGGUAGCCAUGUUCAAUCUGAAUGAGUUCCCCAGUUGGGCAAAUGUUACUGAAACCCCUUGA